AUGGUUCGUGGAAGAGCAACAGCGCGCGGCACCCGCAGAGGGGCGGCCAGCGCCGGCACCGAACGAGCAGCAACCGAUGCGGCUGCCUCAGCGCCAACCCCGACGGACGCACCAGCCGCGACCUCGAGCGAAACGACGCCCGCGCGGCGAGGUGGUACGACGACGACACGAGCGACACGGGCCCCGGCCGUGGCGCGAUUCCUACCCAAGAAUGUCCGUCGAAACGAGGCCGAGCGAGAUAGCCUGGCGCGUCAGGAAGAGAAGAAGGCGAGCGAGCGCGCCGCCGAGGAGCGCAAAGCUCGCGGGCGCUCACGAUUCCGCAGCAAACGAAGUCGCGGCGACACGAUGGGGAGAGGUGGCUUCGGGCGCAUAAUUUCCGGCGCCAGCGGCCCAUUCUCCUCCGGCAUUGGAGGUCCAAGCAGGGGCGGCGGCGGCUGGUUUGGUGGGAGUUCCGGCGGCGUUGGUGGUGGUGGCGGCGGCUUCGGCGGCCGCGGGAUCAAGUCGGAUUCCAAGGGCCACAGCUUUGCUCAUGGGCGGGACAUCUACCGAGAGGCGCGCAUCAACGCCGACAAGCUACACAUCAUGUCGCCGGAGGAGGAGCUAGACAGCGAGGACGAGGCCAUGAUCGCCGCACUCAGCGCAAAGGACGCAAGCAAGAUGCCCAUGGGCAUCUACCGCAAGGAGCACAAGGAGGCGGGCAUCGUCGUGGCCACAACGGCCGAGCUGGAGGCCAAGGAGAACGCCACCGGCGCGGCGGAGGAGGAGGAGGCGGAGGGGAGCCUCUGGGUGGACGGCGACCCGGGGACGCUGCCGCUCGAGGAGCAGCCUGCAGAGGAGGGUGUCUGGGGCCCCAAGGGCCGGCAGCCGGUGAUCAAGGCGGAGCCCGGGACGGACGAUGACGCCAUGGACGUCGACCUGGAGGCGGUGCCCAAGAUGGAGGACCAGCACCGGGCGGCCGCGGCGCCGGCGCCAACCAAGGUCAAGAAGGCCCUGCCGCAGGACCCGGAGAGCAAGAUGAUCCAGUCCGACCUGGACCUCCUCGCGCGGGAACUCGGCGCCGUCGCCGUGGACACCGAGUCCGCGCCCGUGCUCGCCAACAAGGACGGCCGGCUGUACCUGUUCCAGUUCCCGCCGCUGAUGCCUCCUCUGAAGGAGUCGAGCAGCGCGCCUCCCGCAGCGGUCAAGGCGGAGACGUCGGCGGCGGCGGGGCUGAGCGUCAACGACAUCCCCGCAGCAGCCGUGGAUCUCACCAACGAAAACGAGGACGACGAGGACGACGAGGACGAGGAGACGGAGGAGGAGCGCGCGCAGGCGGAGCUCAAGCACGGCUUCAAGUCGCAGUUCCUCUCGCAGGGCGGCAUGAUCGGCCGGCUGCACGUGCGGCGCUCCGGCCGGGUCGAGCUCGACUGGGGCGGGCACGUGCUGGAGAUGAGCCCGGCGGCGGGGAUGAACUUCCUGACGACGGCGGUCAUCGUGGAGGAGAGUGACGAGAAGGCGGCGGCGGUCGGCGGUGGUGCGGCGCGCGCGACGGGGGGCGACUGCGUGGGCAUGGGCAAGAUCAUGGGCCGCUUCACGGUGGCGCCGGUCUGGAGCGAGGAGGAGGACUGGACGGUCCCGCCGGAGGAGCUGGCGGUCCCGCCGGAGGAGCUGGAGGUCCCGCCGGAGGAGCUGGAGGUCCCGCCGGAGGAGCUGGAGGCGGCGUAG